AAACCGGGCAAGCAGCCGUGAGGUGUUCAGCUGGAGCGGACGCUCUGUUUGCGCUGCUGCCUGGUCCCCACUGCUGCGCCGUGGCUGCCGGAGUGGGACCGGCGCGGCUGGACCCUCACGGGGAGAGCACGGGCGAGCGGGCGGCGGGGACGCCAUCGACCCCGUCCCCCCGCCAGAGGUCGAUGUGAAGCCAGAAGGUGCCGCAGCCCCCAGGGAAUCCUUCUCGUUUAAGAAGUCCUUCAAGCUGAGCAGGGUCCCAUUUAGGAAGAAUGAGAAAGAAGCUGGGGACUCCUCUGGGUCCUCUCCUGCGGAGGAGGAGACCAAGGCAAGCAGCAAGAGGGGGAAGGCUGUGAAGCUGAAGCCAGCAUUUGAAGAAGCUGAGGCAGAAGCAGAGCAUGGUCCCUGUCCCCACUCCCCUGGCAGCGGUGCAGGGCGGUGGGGACGAUGCGGGGCACAGCAUCCCACACCCAGCCAGCUGCGCCUGCCCUGGACCAGCAUGUGCUUCGGUGAGAUUUCCAUACCAGAGCAGAUGGGCGUGCUCCGGGAUGGCAGGAUUGUGUCUCUGCGGCACCGCUACGAACCCCGGAUUGGCAUCCUCAUUGUUAAUCAUCUUCGUUCUGAUUUCCACCGCAAGCUCAGUGUUGUGACCUGUGUGGAGUUUUUACUGGGCAGACCCCUAACACGGAGCUUGCAGCUGCGGGUGCUCAGCCGCGCCCGCGUGCAGUGCCCGGAGCGGGACCCUCCGGAGCCAUCCCGCUCUGCGGCAGCAGCGUGGGCAGCUCAGCGGCUGGCUGGGGCAGGUCCUGGUCACUCCUUGGCCUCGUGGACUGAGGGCCUGGCCGCGUCCCGUGUGGGGUCUGAGCUGGGCGCCUUUGCCUCGGAGUCGGUGACUUUCCUGGGCCUGCUGCUACGAAGGGGUGACAGCGAUCGUCCCCUGAGCCCCAGCAGCCAACAGGGCAAUGAACUGCGCUUCUCCUCCCGCGAUGGAGAAUUAAGUUUUGCCCUUUUCCGCCUAAAACAGUGCGCACCGCAGUCGUCGCGUUCCCUGCCGUCGCGGGCGGAGCGGGCGCUGCCGCGGUGGGUGCUGGUGGGUGCGGGUGGGUGCUGGUGGGUGCUGGUGGGCGCGGUGGUCUUUGGGCGGUGGAG